CUUCGAAAGGCAGGAACUGACUGUGACAGCAAGUUAAGUUCGGACUACCUGCGUAUAAUCCAAAUGUAACUUGCAUGCUACCGCUUUCGCUUUGGAAUAAGGUAUUCACCGCUACUGCUGCGGCAGCCGCGAGCAGUGUCGGUUGGUGGAUGUUGGAUUGCCCGCCAUCGCUGUACAUCUAUGACAAGUUUCGGACUCUUUCUUCGCGACCAGGUCGCGAAGGUUCCUUUCACGACAAGAAUGUGUGGAUAGUGGGGGCUAGUAGUGGUAUUGGACGUGAGCUCUGCUUUCAGUUGGCGGCCUCGGGCUGCACCAACGUCAUUGUAUCGAGUCGCUCUACCGACAAACUGGAACGAGUGGCGUCGGAAACUAUCCGUCGGUAUCCCCGCACGACCUGUCACGUACUGCCCUUGGAUGUGUGCGAUGAUACGCAACUACAACAGUGCGUACAAAUCUUGCCGUGUCCGGUCGAUUUAGUAAUUUUAAACGCCGGUAGUGGACACCUGUCGCCGGCUCUGGAAACGUCUCCCCGUACGGUCCGCAACAUGCUCGAACAAAACGUCGUUUGGCCCAUGAUUUUGAUUCCUUUGUUACUCCACAGUGACUUUGGAGUCUUCCGGACUUCAUCUUCACAAAUAUUCCCACGUAUUGCCGUAACGAGCAGCGUUGGUGCCGUUCUACCGUUGCCGUUAUCGUCCGCCUACGCCGCUUCCAAAGCCGCCUUGAACCGCUAUCUCGGCUCACUGCGAGCCGAACGACCCGAUAUUCGUAUCGACAUUUGGUGUCCUGGUCCUGUGGAUACCGACUUUCACGGAUCCCAAUCAGCGGCAAACGUUGCAACGCUUACAAAAGGAACCUUGGCCGACGAAUCGGUGUCAUCGGCAUCCGUCUCCCGGUCCCGGCUGAAAAUGCCAGUGGCUCGGUGCGUGUCACUGAUGCUGUCGAGUUUGUUGCAAACUUCUCGACGCGAAGUUUGGAUCGUUCCACAACCAACCUUGACCGUCUUGUACUUGCAGGGAUUGUUUCCCGGUCUCGUGGAUUGGAUGCUCUCCCUGAUCGGUCCGAAGCGCGUUGCCCUGUGGCGCGCCGGUCUCGAUUUGUACGAUCCCGCUUCGUGGACCGGAAGAAGACCGACAGCGUCACUGGGCACCUCCUCACAAAACAAAAACGAAAAUAACGAGAGUGAUUCCACAACAAGGUAG